AUGUCAUCUCAACAAGUCAAGAACGUCGUCGUAUUCGGUGCUACUGGACAACAAGGAACUGCUUUUAUUGAAGCAUUAUCGUCACACAAUGGGCAAUACAAGAUAUACGCCCUAUCUCGUAACCCGUCUUCAUCAUCUUCCGUCAGAUUAUCCAAAUUACCUGGAGUCGAGGUCGUCCAGGUCAACAAAGAUUAUAUGGAUAAACCUGAACUGGCAUUUACAGCGACCGGUCUGAAGGAAAAUGAAGUUUAUGGGGCGUUUAACGUACAGGGGUAUGUCAGUGAGAAGGUUGAGUUGGCGCAAGGCAAAGCGAUCAUCGUAGCUUCAAAAAGAUGGAAUGUCAAACACUUUAUUUACUCUUCGGUCAGUUUUGGUGGAUCGGACGAUACAAAAGCCCCAGGUUUCGAAGUCAAACGAGAUAUUGAAAACUACCUGAUAUCAUCCGGUAUACCAUAUACGAUCCUCCGUCCCACCCAAUUUAUGGAUAACCUCCUUCCCACAUCGGCUUUCAUGUUUAAGAUCUCACGUACGAUCCUCCUUCGUCAGACAUUCUACAAUCACCCUGAACGGAAACACCAAUUGAUCUCUUCUAGAGAUAUCGGUAGAGCUGGAUCAGAAGCUAUACUCAACCCUGAUAAAUGGUUAAAUGGAAUUAUCGAAUUAGCAGGUGAUGAAUUGACUGUCAAAGAGAUUGAAGAUGUCUACACCGAGGUCUUGGGUAAAGAACCGGAAUUGACUUUUUGGCCUUUGGCUGCGUUCGUCAAGUGGGUUAGUCCUUUAGGUCCAAUGGCACGAUUUUUCGACGAUCAUGGGUUCAAGGUGAACAUCGCUCAACUUAAAGAGGAUUUACCCCAAGUUGGCUUUGAAGAUUUGAGAUCGUAUUUGCAGAGAUAUAAAGCAUCUCAUUAG